CCUUUUUCCACCUCUCCUCUCCUCGGCUCCACAAUGGUACAGCCAGCAUCUCCCCGCACAAUGGUUGAAAGGCGGUGAGCGAAGAGUGAUUCAGCAUCGCAGUCUCCGCAUUAGACCUCUUUUAAUUAGUCGGUGCUUCCUUGUUUUUUACAGUUGUAAAGUGAAAUUACGCCUCACUGAGGUCUGCAAAUGUCGGUAGUCGGGAUGUUUUGAACAGGACUGUCACCGGAUUGGGAUUGUGGUCAGCUGGCACGGAAUGGUAUUUAUGAACAGACAUUUCUUAUAUUACUGCAGUGAACCAAUCCUGGAUGUGAAGAUUGCCUUUUGUCAGGUGUGUGUUCCAUACAGGUAAAAAAGGGCUUUGGUAAACAAGUGGAUGUGUCAUACAUCGGUAAACAUUACAAUAUGAGCAAAAGCAAAGUGGACAACCAGUUCUACAGUGUGGAAGUGGGAGACUCUACCUUCACAGUCCUCAAACGCUACCAGAAUCUAAAACCCAUCGGCUCUGGGGCUCAGGGUAUUGUAUGUGCUGGAUAUGAUGCCGUACUGGACAGAAAUGUGGCUAUCAAGAAGCUCAGCAGACCCUUCCAGAACCAGACGCAUGCGAAACGGGCCUACCGGGAACUGGUGCUUAUGAAAUGUGUCAAUCACAAAAACAUAAUCAGCUUAUUAAAUGUUUUCACGCCACAGAAAUCUUUAGAGGAGUUCCAGGAUGUGUAUCUGGUGAUGGAGUUGAUGGAUGCCAACCUGUGCCAGGUGAUUCAGAUGGAACUCGACCAUGAGAGAAUGUCAUACCUGCUCUACCAGAUGCUCUGUGGCAUCAAACACCUUCACUCAGCUGGCAUCAUACACAGGGAUCUGAAACCUAGCAAUAUAGUAGUGAAGUCGGACUGCACGCUAAAGAUCUUGGACUUUGGGCUGGCAAGGACCGCGGGCACGAGCUUUAUGAUGACGCCCUAUGUGGUGACACGUUACUACAGAGCACCAGAGGUCAUCCUGGGCAUGGGCUACAAAGAGAAUGUGGAUAUUUGGUCAGUAGGGUGCAUAAUGGGAGAAAUGGUGCGCCACAAAAUCCUCUUCCCUGGCCGGGACUACAUCGACCAGUGGAACAAGGUGAUCGAGCAGCUGGGCACGCCGUCGCCAGAGUUCAUGAAGAAGCUGCAGCCAACCGUGCGCAACUACGUGGAGAACAGGCCCAAAUACGCAGGCCUCACCUUCCCCAAGCUCUUCCCCGACUGCUUGUUCCCUGCAGACUCUGAGCACAACAAACUCAAAGCAAGCCAGGCUCGAGACCUGCUGUCUAAGAUGCUGAUUAUUGAUCCUGCCAAGCGGAUAUCAGUGGAUGAAGCCUUACAGCACCCCUACAUCAAUGUGUGGUACGACCCAUCUGAGGUGGAGGCUGGGCGAGAUCUCUUCCAAAUAUCAGUGCCCCCUCCACAGAUCUAUGACAAGCAAUUGGAUGAAAGAGAACACUCCAUUGAUGAAUGGAAAGAGCUAAUCUACAAAGAGGUGAUGAACUUUGAGGAGAGAAUGAAGAAUGGUGUGGUGAAGGGACAGCCCUCUCCUUCAGGUGCAGCCGUGAAUGGCAGUGAGAGCCUCCCUCCCUCCUCCUCCGUCAACGAUAUCUCCUCCAUGUCCACCGACCAGACCCUCGCCUCCGACACCGACAGCAGCCUGGAGACCUCCGCAGGACCCCUCGGGUGUUGCAGGUGACUAGCCGCCUGCCUGCGCAACCCCAUGUUCUUCAGAAGGUGAAGUGCAAACCACAUGAAAAAAAAAUGAAAUCGACAUCAAGAAGAAAAACAAAAAUAGCGGAAAAAAGAGCAACGACAUCACCAUCACGCAACGACCACUUAAUGCUGAUGAAAACAAAACGAAGAAUUUGAAAUUAAGAAACAAAAAAAAUAAAAAUGCCAAGCUUGCAUUCUCAUUCUAAAGUAUAAAUAAUGUUUAAUGUAACGAAACAGAACAACCUGAUAUGUAUAUUGAUAAAACCCUGUAGUUGCUUUGCUUUCUAUCUCUCUCCUCCUCCCUUGUAUGGCAUCCAAUGAAAAAAAAAAAAAAACCUAAUUAUACGCAUCUCUCUGUAAAGUGUAAAUUGACUGGCUGAUAACUGAUACCUUGCAAGCUUCUGUGCUUCACUCCGAUGUGGCAAGGUGGGCCUUUUGAAUUCAUGACUACUGUACUAUAUUCUAGACCUCCACUCCUUUUCCCCCUGUGAUGGUAAUGCCAAUCUGUGAGCCCCUCCUCGGGGCUGGAGCAGGUUGAUGUGCUUGUUUGUGACUCCUAUUGGGGAGUGCUCCAGGCUACGUGCUGAAGGACUCCCCCCAUGUCUUCUUGUAUAUAUGUAACUCUGUACAGCAGUAGGAUACUCUUGUGUGGGACUGAAGGCCAGUAUUGGACGUGUGUGUUGCGCACCUUGCCACAUCACCGCUUUGACCUUAGUUGACCUUGCCUGUAGUCUUGCAUGAUGGGGAGAAAAAAACUGAGCUCAUUUUUUUUCUGACAACUACGUAGAGACACCCCUUUGUUUAUAUUCUCCUGUGAGCUUUUAGGGCCUGUGAGCCCGGACUGUGUGAGU